GAAAACAUGCUAAUGCCAUGCCAAAUAUUCUCUAGUGAUGGAUAGAGACUAAAUUUCAUAAGUAUUGGCUCGUCACCCUGAUGUCUGCCAAUCUCCAAGACCAACUCACGCCGAGUUUUUCCACUUCAAAACAUCAAUUUAAAUUGCCCCAUUGACGCUCCGAUUUGGGAUCGAUUCAAGAUGAAGCCUAUUUCUCUCCACGGUCACGAUCGUGCCAUCACGUGCAUCCGAUACAAUCGCGAAGGCGAUCUCUUGUUCUCGUCCGCCAAAGAUCAUCUGCCCAAUGUAUGGUACGCCAUCAAUGGCGAGCGAUUGGGUACGUUCGGCGGGAAAAAUGAUCGUGAUAGAAACAGCCAUAGUGGAGCUGUCUGGUGUUUGGAUGUGGAUUGGGAGACCAAGAACUUCUUGUCGGGCGCGGCUGACAACUCAGUGCGCCUCUGGGAUGUGUGCACGGGCAAGAUGCUCAACUGCAUCGAAACCAAGUCGGCCGUGAGGACGUGCGGCUUCAGUUUUUCCGGCAAUUUGGCUGCAUUCACAUCGGACAAACAGAUGGGACAUCCUUGUAUUAUUAACGUAAUGGACGUGCGAGAUUUCCAAGCAGAUAAGCCCGUGAUGCAAGUGGUCAUCCCGGAUAAAGGUCCGAAGGUAACCUCGUUGGUGUGGAGUGGCAUCGAGGAGCAAAUUAUUACCGGACAUGAUAAUGGCGAUUUGGCCCAAUGGGACGUGAAGAGCUCACAAAAGACCAAUAUUGUGAGCGAUCAUUCCAAGACCGUGACGGAUAUUCAAAUGUCCAAAGAUAAUUCCAUGUUCAUCUCGUCUUCGAAGGACACGACGGCCAAGCUGUUUGACACUGACACGCUCGAAUGUAUGAAGACCUACAAAACAGAGCGACCUGUCAACAGUGCCUCCAUCGCACCCAAGUUUGAUCACGUUGUCUUAGGGGGAGGCCAAGAGGCCAUGGACGUGACGACCACAUCAACUCGAAUUGGCAAGUUUGACGCCCGUUUCUUCCAUCUGGUUUUCGAGGAAGAGUUUGCGCGAGUGAAAGGUCAUUUCGGGCCCAUCAAUUCGGUUCAGUUCAACCCCGAAGGCACCGGUUAUGCGAGUGGUGGCGAAGAUGGUUACGUUCGCUUGCACACAUUCGACCCCACUUAUUUUAGUUUCCAGUUCGAAUGUUAAGAAUUUGAAUGAUUAAAUCGAUAAAUCGAGA